GACACUGCCCUACGAACACCUGACAAGACAAGACAAAUGAUAAACAAGUAUUGGUGUGGAUUAUAUUUCACAAACCAAAGGGAAUAUUGGUCCGCUGAGGCUCGCUAACGUCCCUGCAGUCCCUAUGCGAUAUAGGGCAUGACAGAGAGACAGGACAAUGAGGUGGAGGAGGCUGACCAGAUCUACCUGCUGAUGAAGGAGGAGUAUCGGAUCUCUAGGAAUGUGCGUCUGGCGUGGUUCCUUGGUAAACUUAACCAAGUCAUCUGGCCAGCAUCAAAAUCUAAACUGCUGAACUCAGAGAAUGAAUUGGACUUGCUGAGUAUCUUACCUAAAGGAUGGCAGACAGAUUUCUCCCCCACCAUGCACCCCUACAUGUUGAUGCCGUCCACUCGAGCCACCUUCCUGGCCCGGAGGUACCGCUUCAUCAUCGAGCUGGACCUCAGCCCCUCCACAGGGAUUGUGGAUGACAGCACAGGGGAGAUGAUCUUCGAUGAGGUCUUUCAUGCCUUGUCGAGGUGUCUGGCUGGUCUUGCUCAACCAUUCAAAGUCCCUGGAACUGAUCAACUGUUCAAGCCUAAGAUCUUCAUCACCAUCUUGGCAUAUUCGUCAAUUAUUGGCCUAACUUCCCAUCAGGUUUUGGUACAGGGCUGUCAGCUUGAAAGAACAGACCUCGUUGAGUUCCUGCAUUACAUCUAUCAGCAGCUCAGAGCAGUGGAGAGCAGCAUUGCAGAAGUCCUGCAUCAGCAGCAUGAACAGUCUGUGGAGCCAGUCCAAAGCUCAGGUCUCCAUAGCAACAUCCUGGAUGACCAGCCCCAUGGGAAGCAAGGUAUUUCCAUGUUGUCAGCUGAUAUGGGUCUGGUCAGCAUGGUGCGCCAGGGCAUCCUGGCCCUUCAGCUGCUGCCCCCAAACUCCAGUGCAGGUAUCAUUAUAAUAACAGAUGGAGUGACGAGUGUUCCUGAUGUUGCCGUGUGUGAAACCCUGCUGAACCAGCUCAGGAGUGGAACCAUCGCCUGUUCCUUUGUGCAGGUUGGCGGUGCCUACUCCUACGACUGCAGCUUUGGCUACAUCCCCAACGUAGAGCUGAUGAAGUUCAUUUCAUUAGCCACCUUUGGCUCGUACCUGCCCAGCUGUCCAGAUGUAGACCUGAACAGCCAGGAGAUGAAUACCUACCACAAGGCCUUCUUAACCUACUCCUUCCUCAACACCCCCGAGUCAAUGAACUCCGAGUACUUCUGUGUUCCCCAGCACAAACUGUUCAAUGAGCACCUUGUGUCAGCCAGUGGGAACCCUGCCCUGGUCAUGAGGAGGAAGAAGCACACAGAGAAGGAAGUUCAUGCUCAUUUGAUCAGUGUGGUGUCUGUGCGACUGAGAGAGGGCUACACCAUCAGAGAGAUCAGCCUCUCCAAAGGUGGGACUCAGCUGGAGGUGAAGCUAGUGUUGUUAUGGAAACACAACAUGCAUAUCGAGUACCUGGCAGCCGCCUCCUGGCCGCUGGACCCCGCCAAGAGAACCACCAGGGUGGAGGUGACUAUGGAGGGAAGCUACGACAUCCUGCAUGACAUCAGCUGCACACAGAGGAAACCCAUCACUAGCCCGUACCGCACAUCUGUCAUCCGACGCUUCUGGAACACACUUCAGAGCAUCAACCAGACUGAUCAGAUGUUGGUGCACCUCCAAUCAUUUAAUUCAAUUCCUGAGAACUACAUGAUUCCUGAAAGCACCAAAAAUGGAGUUCCUCUGUUCUACAUCCCUCCCGGCUCUACCACUCCGGUCUUGUCCUUGCAGCACAGUGGAUCCAAAGACUCAUCUCAGUCCCAGUUUGCUUCCUAUUGGAAGCCCAUCCUCUCUAUGGAUGCCAACUUCUGGCAGAGAUGGCUGCACAUGCACCGCAUUGCUAUCAUCCUUGAACAUGACAUGCCUGUCCCCAAACACCUGCAUACAGCUGGGAACAAUGGACGUUACAGCACCAUUCAGUGUCGUAUCUCCCACUCUGCCCUCACAUCCCUGCUGAGGGACUGGAGCAGCUUCGUGCUGGUGGAGGGAUACUCGUAUGUUAAACUCAUAUACAGUUCGUCGGAGCAGCCUCCAACCUCCUUCUACCUGGUCCGUCUCAUCUCCAAGACGCCCUGCAUGGUUCUGCGUCUGGGAUUCCCUAUUGGUACACCAGCCCGUGUUAGAAACAAGAUUGUAGAUGAGCUGCGUGAGCAAAUCCUCAAACUUCGCUUCCCUCAUCGUGUUCAGAACAAAGAGGCGACCCCCAAGACCAAGAGGAAAAUUGUUGGUCAUCCAUCACCAGCCAAAUCUCCCUCCAUCCCUGCACCCAAGCCGUCACUGUCAGACAGGCCCUGUGUGGUGGUGCUCAACAAGCCUCUGGAGAAGCUGCUCAUAAGGUAUGAGAAGCUACCAUUGGACUUCAGGACUCCUUUCAUUUUCAACAUGGAGAACUUUCCUCAGCCCUCCAACAGUUCUGUCCCACUCAGCAUGGCAGCCAACCGCACAGCCUCCUCCACCCUGGCCUCUCUGUCCCGUUACUUCCUGCACCAGCGCUGGGUGUGGGCUGUUCAGAGCAGCCAAGGAGUGGCUGUGGCCAUGCAGGCUGUCGCUCACAUCCUCACCAUGCUCUCCGAGUGCUUCACAGAAGACAAAGAGGUCAGUGCUGAGGAGUUAGAAAAGAAGGAAGAAGAGCAGGAGCUGCCUGAAUACUUACACCUGCAUCAGAUGGUGGUCAGGAAGAUCGGUGAAAUCUGCAGAAUAGUCAAUCAGCGUAUGCUGCUGCAGGACCUACACGACUGCCAUGUGUGUAACUCUCUGCUGGUGGCUGAGAGUGAGGAAGACAUCUGGAAGAACGAGUCUCUCUACAGGCAGAGGCUCAACACCUCUGAUGAUUACAACACAGAGGAGAGCUACCAGGCCAGAGACUACCUGGCAGCCACCAUGCAGUUCAUCCCUGGACAUUUUUCCUGUGAUGUGGUGUGGAGCACCAUCAUUCACAUUCACCCACGCCUCAAGAUGGGACCCAACAUGGGGGUCUCCAGGGCGAUCCAGGCGCUGCGCUCUGUGCUCAACUCUUUCUGUGUGGUCAACAGGAAGAACAUGUUUGUCUACCAGGAGCGUACCACCAAAUCUGUCUUCUACCUCAGACUUUGUGAAACGUCUCUAACAGGAAAAUACUCCGACGUGGAUGGAAACAUCCACAUGACUCGCUCCAUUGGGCUGGCUCGGAGUCAAGAGCCCUUGUAUUCUGAGGAAUUUAUGGGCUCCAAGUCUUCUCUGGAUGGCUCUCGGCCAGUUGGACAAGUAGACAAACACAUCCUGCUGCUGGUGCAUGGAGUGGGAAACACAGGUCCAGAGAUCACAGAUGAGCUGGUCAAGGUGCUGCGUAAGCGCCUGGAUGAGACCACCCUAGACAUCAUCACAGUCAUGCUUGUCAGGAACUGCAAGCUGACACCAGCUGAUGUGGAGUUCAUCCAGCCAUCAGGGUCUCCAGCCACUGAGGUGAUGAACUUCAGCCUCCCCAACUACUGUCUUCCCUGGCUGCCCGCUGUGGCUCACUACCUCAGGCAGAACCUCCUCAUCUUCCUGCAUGUACCCAAGUAUACUGACAGCAACACAGCACACCACUUCAAGCACUACUUUCAUUUGAGCGGGGACUUGGCUGACGGUGAUAUCUACCUCUACAAUAAACCAGGAGGACAGGGGACGGGAGGCAAAGGUAUUGCCUGCAUCACCCUCUCAUUCGUGGACGCCCAUAGUCGCCCCCUUCAGGUUCCAGUUUCGGACUGUGCUGCACUGCAGAGAUCAGAAAACUGCACCAUCCCCAUUCAUCCACACCAGUUUGAUGAGCUGACUGCUGUGGGUAAAGUGGACUCCAACAACAUGAGCUCAGCUACAGAGCCACAGCUGUAUGUGCGCUUUGACAUCUGGGAACAAGGCAACAUCAGCCCCUUACAGCUGAGUGACAAACUACAGGGGGCGCUGCGCCACGCACUCUGUGAUGUCGUCAUGGAGCUGAGAGUAUUACCCAAUACUCUUUGUUUGGGGGGGAUUUGCCCAGCAACCAAAGUUCAGAGGGAAGAGGCUAAAGGACUGUUGAUCCCUUCGCCUGAGGUGAAAGAAGUGAAGGACAGCCCUAGGCAGCGCAGUGGCUCUCGGGUCUUUAAAAGCAGCCCUUCUCCCAUCACCUUAACCCAAGCUGGAGGGAGCAGCCCCAUGCCCGGGACCAGCACACCCGAGUCCACCACACCCACCAGCAAGAGCACCCGCCGGAGCUUCUGGGACAUACUGAGUAAGCCAGAUUCAUCAGAGCUUGGGAGCCCAAAGACAACUGACGACAUAGUGCAAGAAAAAGGAGAGGAGGGCCGAGCAGCACGACGAAGACACAAGACGGAGAGCGUGAAGCAGCAGUGGAGCCAGGAGAAAGCUCUGGCUGUGGAGCUGGAACAGGCCCAGAGGAGGCAGGUUUCCCAGUUGGAAGAGGGAGAUGCAGGCACUCUACACCCCGUCUACCAGGUCACCUGCCAGCCAUGGAUCACUUUCAUGGCUGAACUUGGCUGCCCCUCCAUUCAGCAGUGCACGGCUGAGAUAGCUUCGCACUUCCUGCUGCCUUCCAUCUUGGCAGAGAUUGUCAGUUUGGUCAGUUCUUUGGCCAGUGACACAAUAGUGAAGGCUUUUGAAAAGACAAGCUGUCCCACAUCUGGAGACAUAUUUGUCCCCUUCCCUCUUGUCCAGACCCUCAGCCAGUCUCCAGACGCUACAAGGAGCUUCAUUCUCAUUGGCCGCAACUUCCAUCAGUGGCACUGUAGCACAGAGCAAGAAGACAGUUCAGAUGAGGAAAACACCCCAGUUCUAAAUAGGUUCACACCUCAUAAAGGCUUCCAGCGCUUCGAGGCUCUGGAGCAAAGUGAUUGGUUCAGUCCCAGCCAGGCCGGGGCCGGACUGGCUCCCCGCCAGAGGUUCCUCUUCAUCAUCAUCCUGGACAAAAAGGUGACUCUGUACAGCUAUAACUGGUCUGUGGAUCUGGGCUCUUCUCUGAAUCGUGAGCUGGUCCGCCUUGUUAAGUGGCAGAACGCCAGGUCUCAUGUUGUCCACUGUCUGCUCAACCAAAAGAUGGGCCUCUUCCAUCACUACUGCUUCUCUGACGCACCCAUCCACGAAAUGGACUCCAAGCAGGAUCCCAACCCGUUCCUGAGCCCCUCCAUGGAGCCUGAUGCAUUGCUGCGUAGUGCAGUUCCUCCCCUGCCCAAUAAAGAGCAGGGCAGGCUGAGCAGCUCUGUCCGAAGUCUUGCUCCGCUCCACUUCCCCUCUGAGCUGCUUCCCUUUGACGAGGCUCUGAGGGAUGUGUGCACCAUCCGGCCCUUGAUGGAGGGGGAUGUGGUGGCCCGACAUGGCAGCCAGCUCUUGGAGAUCAAAGCUGCUGAGCGGAGAGAACUGGAGAAGCAGAUGAAGAUAGAGAACCUGUUUGUGACGUGGCAGCAGAGGUCAGCACAGUCCAACAUGCCCAUUUCAGGGGCAGAUUUGGAGACACUAAAGCAGUCGUCCAGACUGGUCCACUACUGUGCCACCCCUCUUCUCUUUGACCCCAUCUUCCGUAAGCAGAUCCAAGAGGAACAGAUUAUUCAGCCUCCUGUGAAGAAACGCCAUCGCUCCAGCGACUCCACAGCGUCAGGUCGGGACCGUAGCUACAGCACUGACUCAGCUGACAUGCUGCCCAGCCGAUUGAAGGAAGAGCCCUGGCUGCUUGACAUCUCUAGCACCUUCAUCCAGCAGUAUGUCCAGUACCUGCAGAGCAUGGGCUUCAUUCUCGUCCAGGUUCGACCUCAGUCUCCAGCUCGCAGCAUUGCGCGGGGUCGUGCUGCCAUGCUGAACUCUAUGUCAUCGGAAGGGAGGAUGUCUUUUUCUUAUGUAAAGCAGAAGAGCGAGGACAGUCCUAAGACUACAGCAUCUGGCACUACUGCAUAUCACCUCCAGAGGGCACUGCCAGGGGGGAUUGUGCUAAUGGAACUGGCUUUCCAGGGGUGUUACUUCUGUGUGAAGCAGUAUGCACUGGAGUGUUCCCGCAUCCCCAUGGGACAGACAGUCAACUCCCAGGGCAGCCUCCUCACCAAACCUCGUUGCAAGCAGUUUCCAGAUGCCACCCCAGUAUCUGACUGUGCGCUCUCCAUGCUCUUCACUGAGGAGUGUGAUAAGGUGCGGGACUUGAUGCAUGUUCACUCCUUCAGCUACGACUUCCACCUGCGAGUGGUUCACCAGUACUUGGUUGGCUGCCACAUGACGCUCCGCCAGGGCUACCAGCUCACCGACUUCCUGGACGACUUCAUCUCCCAUCACCCAGAUAUUCCUAAAUUUGGCCGAAACCACGUCUUCCAAGGAAGCUUCUCCAUCUCUACGGGGAUGAUAACAGCUCAUCAGCUCUACAACUACAUCACUGACCACGCCAGCACCUACGGCAUGAAGCCGCUCCGCAUGUCCAAGGCUGCCGUCACCAAUGACAACAAGAAAGGGACGCCUGACCUGCAUGAGUAUGCACUCGUGGCCCUGUGGAACAGUUCGGGUUCUUACAAGGAUCUGGAGGGCCUGCACCACCAUGAUGAUUUUGACGUGUCCCUCGUGGUGUGCCAUAAUGCCGCUCCAUUUGAGGAACAGUCCGAUGGGGAGAGGCAUUUGUUGAGGUUGCGGUUCUAUGUGAUCAUGACGAGUCAGAGGGAGCUCUUCCCCCGCCUCACUGCUGACAUGCGGCGUUUCAAGAAGCUUCCUCAGAUCCCCCGUGAUCCUGCUGAGCUGGGUGGCCGACUCCCUACAGAUCGGGCAGAGGCCUGCGGGUCACGCAGUGCCGAACAGGACCUCUGGGAGGAAACACCGUCUGAAGCUGCAGUCGCAACAGCUCCUAGUGACGGCAAUGAGUUCUACCCUCUGGCAGGGGGUGGAGCAGAGGCUCAGAGGCUGCUCUACCCUUCCCCUCUGUUCCCUCUGCUCAACAAUGAGGUGGUGUCAGCCCGCAGACAGAUCCAGGCCAGUGUGGAGCAGGCCAUGGGUCACUGUCGCAGGGACAACCUGUGGAGGAGGCUGUUCCACGGAGAGCACCUGGCUCUGGACAAACUGAAGCUUACAAAGCUGUCGUUCAGCGAGCUGGAGGAGCUGCUGGAGGCUGUGCAGAGCCGCUCGGUGGGGGAGAUCGACCCACAACUGGACUGUUUCCUGACCAUGAGUCCAGCCUGGUACCAGAGUUUGAUCAAAGUCCUGCUGAACCGCUUCCCUCAGAGCUGCAGACACUUUGAUGACAACGGCAUCCAGUAUCUGGCUGUUCUGAACCAGAAGUUCACUGACUGCUUUGUCUUGGUCUUUCUGGACACCCAAGCUGGAAAAACAAGCCUAAAGGUUGUGUUUCGGGAGCCACUGCCCUCGCAGCAGCAGGCCAGCAGCAGCCCUCCUCCCCAGCUGGUGUCCAUGUAUCAUCACCUGGAGUCUGUCAUCAACACCGCCUGCUAUAACCUCUGGACAGGACUGUUAUAGGGCGGAGCCGUGUCCCACAUGGAAGCAGGAAGCAGCAGUGGUGGGAAACAGAAGACCUCCUGCCAGUAUGCUCUGCCAGCAGCUACAGCACAAGCUCAGUUACCUGUCUAUCAUGCAGCAGUAUUGAGAACAGCAUCCCAGUAGACAGUGAUGCGACUGUGUUUAUGCAAUAAACAGGAUGCACUCAAACCUGAAGGGACCUGACAGAAACCCAAACUCACCCAAACCAUUGGGGAAGAAAUCUGAUUACAAACUAAAUGGCUCCUAACGUGUGUGUAGAAGACACAAAAUUAGUACACAGUGAGAAACUCAAUGGUGUUAGGAUUCCUGUCAAAUGGGUGUCGCUUUAAAUGUUGCUGCUGCAAGGAAGUGUGGGACGGCAUUAUCUCCUUUCCUUUGCUAAAGGAAGGUCCACACAAUCCCCAGUCUGUUGUGUCCAUUGACACUUCCAAUAGAGUUCAUUCAAAGAAGACCCCCGCCCUAAAAGUGAACGUCUAAUAACAACCCAUCUGGCAGGAAUUCGGGGCCAAUUCUAAAAUGUAUCAAGGGAGACCAAUCAGUUACAAUUGGGCUUCAUGUCUGUCUGCCUUUAGACAGCAAAGGACACAGAAUUAAUGAGUGAAACGUUACUUUAACUGUAAUCUCUUAAAGAGACAAGAUCAUCAGGAUCUGUCCAAUGCAGCUCAGCAGGUGAUCCAUCGCAUCGACAGUUUGCUUCAUAGUAAUUAAUCAGGACUGUGCAUGAAGUUUUACAAACUUGGAAAAGUAGAGGUGACGCAGCAUCCCAGACCCCCUUCAGGUUUAAUGUUCCAUAAUGAGGACUCAUUCUACACAGUCAUUUGCCAUGUUUGAUUGGCUGACUAAAGAUGCAGCUUGUGUUAUGAAACCAAAAUCAAAGAUCUCCUCAGUCAGACCUGUAGCGGAGUGUAAACCCUGCUGGGUUGGGUCCUCAGGGUUUCAGGGAUCACGUCUGUUUGAAGAGCUCGAGCACAGAGGGUUAAUUAGAGGAGAUUGGUCCAUCUGUCUGAUGCUUCUAGGCUGCUGGAUCAGGUUGUGUGAGAGAGUCCUGUUCUGUGCUCCGACACAUAUUCUGAUGACAUGCUGCUGAAGGAAAUAUGUUGGUUUUUACCAGAGAGAAGAAGCUGCUGUGGUCCUUUCUCUUCUUUGACAGACAAAUACCUUCAAUGUAUAUCAACAGUUUGGAUUGAAUCUGACGCUUCACACUGAAAUGUAACGCCAUGUAGUCUGUGAUUUGCGACCAACAAUGAACACUUCUGGCUUCAUUAUUAAGUCUGCAUCAUCUUAGAUCUUGUGCCUUCUGAGAGCAUUUUCCUAGCUCUUCAUACCAUAUCAGUGUUUCUGUGAGUGUGAGACAGCUGGGACGGCUUUGUUACAUUUUCAAAAGUGUCAAACCCACUUGAACACCACUGCCAUAUAUCUGUUGCCCUGAAGUGCCUUUCUGUUUAUUUCCUGCUUCUUCUUUUUUUUUAUUCCCAAACUUAUGAAGUGAUACUGUUGUUAUUCCAUCAGCUCUGCAUACAGGAUGUUUGGAAACACUCCUGAUGUCAUGCAGGGAAAGUGCCUGAGUCCGUUUGGAGAAGUGUGACAGAAAUUUCCUUUCACAAGAAAGAAAAUGGGUCAUAUUAACUUUGGUGAUUUGCAUAAUAGAAUGCCACAAGUCAUCAGAGCCGAGUGUUUCCAAAGUAUGUUCAGGGUGAUGAGUUUGACUGAAACAGUGCAGCUGGUAAUCAUACCUUCAUUUACAAGAGGGCAUGAGAUAAGAGUGACUUCACAACAAACAGGAAGGCUUGAUACCCACUGCAAUACCUUCAAUAUGACAUGCAGCCUUAGAUUUCUACACAUUUUCACAGGAAGAAAACUGAAUGUUUAUUUGUGGAUGUAAAAUGAAGAAAUAUGAAGCAGAGCGGCGUUCUCACUGCUCAGAGAAUUCAGUCUGAAACUGGAUAUUCAUGGUGCAAAAUGUGAACGAGUUAGCCCUUAGUUAUAAACACUGCACUGUCUCUUACUGUAUUAUGUAUAUUAUGUAUAUACAGAACACUUUAUACAGUAUGAAAUGCUAAAUAAAGCAGUAGGAUGUAUGAGAAUCAUUGUAAGUAUGUUUGUCAUACAUGGAUCACUGAGCUCUAUUUGAUAAACAUUGAUUUGUCUUGAUUUUCAAUUCCUGACAUCUGGCUAACUGAAAUAAAUUGCAUUUUUUCUUGUCUGCUGCAA